AUGUACGAUAGAAUGUUACCAGACAGACGUGAACUUACACCAAAUUUUGAGGAAGGAGUUAAAUGGUUUAUCAUGUGGGCGUUUGCUCAAAAAUGUUGUCAAACUGAAGGAGGAGUAAGAUGUCUUUGUCUUAAAUGUGAAUGUAGACAUAUAAUUAGUGACCUAGAGAAAGUAGAACGUCAUUUGAAGAGGAGGAGUUUCAUUAAAUAUUAUUGGGUUUGGACAUAUAAUGGAGAGCAACUGCCGAGUAACGUAUAUGCAGAGACAACUAAUACACAAGCGUCAAGCAGUCGAUCACAUAUGGAAUUUGAGGAAAACUUUAACCUGAUAGAUGAUAUGGUUUGCAAUGCCUUUGGAGUAAAUGUGACAUAUGAUGAACCUCAAGAUAUUGAUGGGGAAAAGUUGUCGAAUUAG